AAAGCAGAAGAACACUCUCAGUCACUUGGUUAUAGGUGGAACCCUGCCAAGUGUGUCGUGCUUAACUGCCCUAGUGACAAUGGAGGACGUCGAAUGAAACUCUACGGGUCACCCAUACCCAAGGCGUCUUCGUUCGCUUAUCUUGGUGACGUAUUUGGUGAGAUAAUCAUUAUAUUGAAUACAACACUUGGCGUUCCUUUCAGUCCACAGGGUAAGAUUGCCAUUGUCCUCCUUAUUCGUAGGAACAUAGCCUUUGCCGUAUCAGCCAUGCGUGCCACUCUUCUGCCCAUAAAUGUUCGAUCUUCAAGCUUCUCACGUCUUAUUGCCAGUCGUCUCUACACUACCUUUAUUAGGCCCAAGUUUGAGUACGGUCUGUGCAUCUGCACCUUUCAAGUCAAGCAGCUCGCUCUCCUUGAAAAAGCACAAGAUCAAUGCCUUCGAAUGGCUUUCGGUGGUCAUCGUACCUCUUCAACCGGUGUCUUCAAGCAUUUGGUCAACCUACCCAGCAUGACAGAACGUACCACUACCUUGGUCUUCAAGUUCAUCCUCCGAGUCCACUUCCUUCCUGAAGAUAUCCUCCUCUCUCUCCUUCUGCGCUUUGUGCAAGAUGCUCCCGUUCGUAGUCGUUUUCGUUGGCCAGCUUUAGUGGCGUCAAACCCACUAUGGUCCAACCCAACGUUAAAUGGUGCAACCUAUCGCACUCAGAAUCUCACAAAGAUCUACCAGAAACAAAAUCCUCCUGUCCUUCUCUCUGCCUGUCGUCCAUACCAUGGUGUAGAUCCAAUCCUUACGUUACCAAUGAGCGUCUACGAUCGUAGUCGUCUUCUGAGGUGGCGUAUGGGCUGGCUACCAGGUCGUCCUAUUGCUUGUCGUUGUGGUCACUCCCAUGCUUCCAGAGCACAUUUGUUGAGCUGCCUUCGGGUGGCAACACGUUUAAAUGUUGCUCUCAACACUCGCCCUAAUCCACUGGAUUACGUGUUGAAUCAGUUGCCUCGAAAGAUUCCAGUUUGACACUCUCCUCCUCCCCUCUCUCGUUGGUCUGCUUGGUGGCCAGUUGUCUGCGCCAUUUUGUUUGAAAUAGAACAAAUCUGUCAACCCGACGAAGAAUUCUCAACAGCAGCAUCAGACACCUCUGGCUCAUUACUCUUAGACAAACUCAAGCCAGCUCCAGCUGUGUCUCUCUCCUUUCUUCCUCUCUCUCCUUAAACUUUCACUCGUACUGUUUAUAAAACAACAAAAAGAUAAAAAAAAGAAGAAAACUAGAAAAGACAAAAACAGAUAAAAAAAUGCUGGUUUGGGAAUGCGAAAAAAUUAGAAAACGUAGUAUGAGUAAAUUUUGGUGCUUCCAAAUGACAGUAGCAAAAGGCUAC